CAAAACAAAACAGAACGAAAAAGAGUACCUUUUUUUCCCCAAAUCCUCUGCUUCUUCUUCUUUCUCCGGAAAGGGGGAUUGGAACCCUAGAAAUCGAUCUCUAGGGUUUGAUGGACCCGGAGCAGACGUUCCUCCGCGUCCAUGCUCGGCUCUCCGGGAUGCUCUCCCAGCUCCUCACGCCGAGGAUCCGCGCUACGCUCGAAUAUCUCUACCUUGGCGUUGCCGUCGCUCUCUUCUGCGUCCUCGUCGUCAUGCACACUAAUUUCGUCCAGCAGCCGGGCUGUUCCAAUGAGCUUUCUGUGAUUGAAUUUACAGAAGCACAUCUUGUCCAGAUUAAGAUAACUGGUGCUGGGCUUUGGUCUCAGAGCCCAGCUCAUCAGAGUAUGGUGGAUAUUCAGAAACAAGAAAGCUCAGUUGCAACUUACAAAAUGCCAGAUGUGAAUGGGGAUGUAUUCGCCAUUUUUUCUGCCAAGUUCUGGUCAAGUUGGAUUGGUUCAGAUAUCACUACAGAAGUAGGGGAUCUGCAUAUAGCUCGUGCUUUAUCUUCUAGGGAGUCAUUCAAAGUAGCUGUUGGUCACUUAUUCAACAAGGUGAACAUGCAAAUUUCUUCAUUUUGGAAAAAUGCAAGAAAGUUCUCAGCCAAUGCCCGUCAGGUCUUGAAAAUCAAAGAGUGGAAUAUGCUUAUGGAUAUCUCGAAGUUCUUGCAAAUGUUCCAAAUAGAGCAUCUCAAGGCUUUCUUAGUGCAGUGGCUCGAGAAAAGAAGCAAUGCGUUUGAGCCAACUUAUCUGUACACUGUUGAGAAGGGAUAUUUCCUACUUCCAGAAGCAGCAAAGUCUCGGCACAAUUUACAAACUGUUAAUAUUACCUUAUCAGCUCAGAACUCCUGCUUCGGAAACAGGUGGCAACAACUUCUGAUCAAUAGCUUUGUUGGUUAUGAUACAAUACUUAUGAACAGUUUAUUGAACUCUCCUGGUCAAGGUUACCUUUAUAACUACCAAACAAAGGAGUUCUAUGAUCUUAGUUACGGGCAUGAACCAUCAGAAGGAUCUGCAAGGUUUGGAGACUACUUUGUGACCAAAUGUGGUGUUCUUAUUAUGUCCUUGUUUGUUUUCUUCACUACGACCAUGUCAGUGUCAUUCACUCUUAGAGAAACCCAGUCUCGUAUGCUCAGGUUCACAGUGCAGCUACAGCACCAUGCUCGCCACCGGCUACCCACAUUUCAGUUGAUCUUUGUGCAUGUUAUUGAAUCUCUGGUCUUUGUGCCUAUAAUGAUUGGAAUCCUUUUUUUCCUAUUUGAGUUCUAUGAUGACCAGCUACUAGCAUUUUUGGUCUUAACCCUUGUGUGGCUGUGUGAGCUGUUUACAUUGAUCAGUGUUCGGACUCCAAUAUCAAUGCAAUUUUUCCCUCGCUUCUUCUUGCUCUACUUUCUGGUGUUCCACAUUUACUUCUUUUCCUAUUCAUAUGGCUUUUCAUAUUUGGCCUUCUCAACCACUGCAGCUUUCAUGCAGCACUUGAUUCUUUACUUCUGGAAUCGCUUUGAGGUCCCGGCACUUCAGCGAUACACAAGGACAAGGGCACAGCUGCACCAACAACCCGGGGUUUCCAUCUACACUUCUACACUCAUUGCCAGAGUAAAUGUGAGAAAUGCAAACACAACAAAUACCGAACCAGAAACUGGAACAGAACCCGUCUCAGGGCCUGAUCAGGUUCCACCCAAUCCUAACCCGAAUACUAAUAGGAUUCAAGAACAAACUGCAAGAAAUACCUCAAGCAACUCCAAUUCAAAUAGUGAAAUUCUCCAGUUUCCAGAUUUAAAUCCUCCCCGAGAAGCUGGCGCUGCGGGCUUUAACUUACCCAACCCAUUGAGUUCCAUCCUGCUCUGGAUUUUAGGUGGUGCUUCAUCUGAAGGCAUCAUAUCCUUCUUUUCAAUGUUUAGGGAUCCACGAGAUCAACCGCCGGGUUACACUGAACCACCGCCAACACCACCACAGCCACCGGCACAGCAAGAAGAAAAUACAGUAACUUAGAACUGGUCUCUUUUUUUUUGUUUAUGGAAAUUUGCUUGCCUGAUCCCUUUUCCAUUUAAAAUUUAUUUUUGUCCAUCAUAUUUUUGCUAACUAUUUUGAGAGAGAUGGAAGAGGGGUGCUCCUGAUGCAACACAUGAUGAGGAUGUGUAUAUGAAUGUACCGUUUUACAGGAACAAUUGGUUGUAUUUCAUGUAAAGUGACAAUAAUCUGUCCAUUAUGUUUUGUCUA